AUGCUGCGCGUCCGUCCAGCACUGCGUGUCGCGUUUAAACGCGUUCCACGACGAGCAAUGGCGACGGAUAGCAUCCCAUUUAUCCCUCCGGAAUCCACAAAACGCAUGAUUCGAGGACGAGGACCCGUGCAGCCCAUGCCAGAGUCGCCUACCUUCUUUUCCGGGCAUUCUGCCUAUCUCGACAGAGUCUACAAUCUCGAAAAGCAGCUAAACGAAUUCACAUCGCUCAUGCACCGCGCCCACAUCACGCCUCUGCCAAAAGUUGCAGAACAUCACAUUGGCCAUGUGCCAUCAUAUUGGAGAGAUGUCAAUGAAAUGUAUCAAAUCCUCGGAAAGGCUAUCAAGGGCACGCAGUAUCGACGACUCAUCUCUGUCCUCACCCAACUCAACAAACUGCGUCGAGUCGCAUUGCUAUGCGGGAGAGAGGAUAUCGCGCAGAGCAUUGAAAAAAUCAUAACACCAUACGAAAAAUCCAACAAGGCCGUACUGGAGUCCCUGAGCACGGGACGAAAGCGACCCGAGCCAGACGAGUUUGGCCGUGUCUAUGCCGUUGGCCGACGAAAGACGAGCUCUGCACGGGUAUGGGUAAUCAAAGUCAAGGAUCAAGAAUUCAGAGAUGCUUCGGACCGUGGUUCUGUCCCCGUAGCGUCCUGUAUUGUCAAUGGCAUCCCAGCCGCACAGUACUUUACGCAUGUAGUCGACCGAGAGCGCCUUUUCAGACCGUUAAAAUUGACAGGUCUCUUGUCUUCUUACAACGUGUUUGCGCUUGUCAGAGGCGGUGGAACCACGGGCCAGGCAGAGGCCAUUGCUGUUGGUAUGGCAAAGGCACUCGAAGUCUUGCAGCCAAACGUAAAACCAAUAAUAAAGCAAGCCAAGCUCAUGCGACGCGAUCCACGUAUGGUGGAAAGGAAGAAGACCAAUCUUGCAAAGGCAAGAAAGGCGUACACAUGGGUCAAGCGAUAG